AUGGCUCAUUACCCUGGCGGUCCUCGUUAUAUGCGACCUCUAAUAAAUGAACGUCCUGGACCAAGAUUCAAUACACAACCAAAUCGAAAUGUCCCACGAAAUGGUUUAAAUGAUCAAACAUCUACAUCUCAGCAACAAACGCGACUGAUUCAUCCAGCAAAGCCUAUCAAUGACACAACGAUAUCAACGCCUCCGACUUCGAAUUCACCGUCUCUUCAAAAUCGAAUAGCAACGAGUUCAACUGAUCCUACUACUGCUUCCCCAAAUAAAUCAAUCAAAAUACCACCGACAGAAAAUAAAUCUACUGAGGAAACUUCCUAUCAUAACUUAGAAUCCUUCAAUAUUUCUGCAGUGAGCAAACCAACUACAAAUACAGAUAUUAAACUUUCCGAUGAACAACAACAACAACCCCAUGGUAGUACUGGAAUAAAAAGGCCACGCUUUGAAAUCACCUCUCAACAGCAAAAUAGUAUAUUUGAAUUCGCACCAUCACAAAGUAGCGACAAAAAAAUCACACAAGGCGGUCGUUGUCGUUUAUUUAUUGGUAAUAUACCAUCCGAUUUAACGCAAGAAGAAUUUCAAUUACUAUUUGGUAAAUAUGGUGAACUUGUUGAAUAUUUUGUUAAUCCAUCGCGUGGCUUUGGUUUUAUUAAACUUAGUUCACGUCAACUGGCUGAACAAGUUAAAUAUGAUCUUGAUGGCUAUAUUUUACGUGGCAAACCACUUCGUAUUCGUUUUGCAAGUCAAGGUGCAACAGUAAAAGUUAAAAAUUUAUCACCAAAUGUAUCGAACGAAUUACUGAAAGAAGGAUUCGAACAAUAUUUUGGUAGUGUCGAACGUGCUGUUGUUAUUGUCGAUGAUCGAGGAAAGUCAAUUGGAGAAGGAAUAAUUGAAUUUGAAAAAAAACCAUCUGCACAAAAAUGUCUGAACGAUUGUACAGAACGAUGUUUCUUUAUUACAAGUGAACUAAGACCCGUGGUUGUCGAACCGUGGGAUAUCAAAGAUGACGAAGAUGGUUUACCGGAAAAAACCUUACCUCGUAAUCAGGCAUAUGUAAAAGAACGAGAUGUAAAACCACGUUUUGCUGAAUUAAAUACAAUUGAACAUACGAUUGGUCUUAAAUGGAAAGAAUUAGAGUUACAAGAAAAACAAUUACUAGAAGAAGUUAAAAGACGUAUGCAAUUUGCUACGGAACAAGUAAAAAUUGAAAUCGAUCAAAUGUACUUAGAACAUCAAUCACAAUUAUUGCGUGAAGAAUUGUUACGUCGCCAAGAAGAUCUUCGUCGAAUAGACGAAUUACGAUCACAGGAAAUAGAUCGUCGUCGUACUGUGAUGCCAAUGCAUCAUCCUGACGCCUACAAUCAUCCAUUCAAUCCAGCUUCUGGUCUUAUAAGUAAUGUAUUUCAUCAAAAUCAAGUUGCAGCACGUGCAUUGCAAUAUAACGAUUUUCAACAUAUUCCAUAUUCGAAUGCAAGUCCAAUGAUUCAACAAGCAUCACCAAUCGCAGCAAAUAUUGAUGCUGCUUAUACAACAAAUCAAGUAGCACGUAGUUAUGGAUUAGAAGCACAUGCGCGUGAUGUUGACUUUGUUAAACAACCGCAACAAGGAUUUGAUAGAAAACGACCGAGAUAUUGA